AUGAAGAUGCCUAAAAGGAAAAAUUUGCUGCUGACAUGGCUUGUUCUUCUGGAACUCUACUGGGGAUGUGAAGCACAGGCAAAUUAUCAAGUCCUUGAUCUCCUCUCACCAGCAGUCCAGCGACAGGUCACAAGCUACCUUCAGCAAGCACUCAACAAUCCCUCCAUGAAUGAAGUGUAUGUACUGUCCACGUUUAAACUACAGCCCAAGUCUACAAUCACUCUCUUUGGCUUGUACUCUACUAAGGAGAACAGUAGGUACUUUGAAUUCACAGUAAUGGGACGUUUAAACAAAGCUUUUCUCCGAUACCUCAAGAGUGAUGGUAAACUGAACUCAGUCAUCUUCAAUAACAUUGAGCUUGCUGAUGGCAAGCAACACUCACUUCUCCUGCACCUCAGUGGUCUGCAUCGAGGAACCAGCGCUGCUGAGCUGUACCUGGACUGUAUACAAGUGGAUGCUAUUAAAGACCUGCCCCGACCACUCACAGGAUUAAACUUGAACACAGGAUCUGUGCAACUGAAGACUAUACAGAAGAAAGGACAGGAUUCUAUGGAAGAACUGAAGUUGGUCAUGGGAGGUACACUGACACAAGUAGCAUCAAUACAAGAAUGUUUCAUGCAGCAGAGUGAACCUGGACAAUAUACAGGUGAUGUCAGCAGGCAGCUUUUAGGGCACAUUUCACAGCUGAACCAACUCCUGGGGGAACUCAGAGAUGUCAUGAGACAACAGGUGAAGGAAACCAUGUUUUUGAGGAACACUGUCUCAGAAUGCCAAGCUUGUGGCUUAACUACAGACUACCCCUUUCCAACACCGGCUCCUAAGCCAAAACCUACAACACCUCCUAAGCCUCGAUGUGCCGCAACUUCCUGUUUCCAAGGGGUGAAAUGCACCGACACAGGGAGUGGUUUCCAGUGUGGACCCUGUCCAGAGGGCUAUGCUGGCAAUGGUAUCAUUUGUAGUGACAUCGAUGAGUGCAGAUUGAACCCUUGUUUCCCUGGAGUCCGAUGCAUAAACAUUAUUCCAGGAUUUAGGUGUGAAUCCUGUCCUCCUGGAUACACGGGACCAAUUGUACAAGGUGUGGGAACAACAUACGCCAAGCAAAAUAAACAGGCAUGUCUCGAUAUAAAUGAAUGUGAAAAUGGAAGAAACGGAGGCUGCGUGGCAAACUCCAUCUGCAUUAACACCAUGGGUUCUUUCCGCUGUGGACCAUGCAAACCUGGCUUUGUUGGAGACCAGAUCAAAGGCUGCACAACAGAGAAGAGCUGCUUCAACCUAGGGAAGAACCCCUGCCACGCCAGUGCACAGUGUAUUGAGGAGAAAGGUGGAGAGGUCAUCUGCAUUUGUUCAGUUGGAUGGGCAGGUAAUGGCUAUUUUUGUGCACGAGACACUGAUAUUGAUGGGUAUCCAGAUGAGGCUCUUCUCUGCUCAGAGUCAAGCUGCAAGAAGGACAACUGCAUCUUUGUACCAAAUUCAGGACAGGAAGACACUGACAAGGAUGGUAUUGGGAAUUCCUGUGAUGAUGAUGCAGAUGGAGAUGGUAUUAUGAAUGAGCAGGACAAUUGUGUGUUGGUUGUAAAUAUCAAUCAGAAAAACAGCGACCAGGAUAUUUUUGGGGACGCCUGUGACAAUUGCCGUUUCAAACUGAACAAUGACCAGAGGGACACUGACAAUGAUGGAGAGGGCGAUGCUUGUGAUGAUGACAUGGAUGGGGAUGGUAUCAAAAACUUCCUGGACAACUGUCAGCGGGUUCCCAAUGUGGAUCAGAAGGAUAAGGAUGGAGAUGGAGUGGGUGAUGCAUGUGACAGCUGCCCUGACAUUAUUAAUCCAAACCAGUCAGACAUUGAUAAUGACCUGGUGGGAGAUUCCUGUGACACCAACCAAGACAGUGAUGGCGAUGGUCACCAGGACAGCACAGACAACUGUCCCACAGUCAUCAACAGCUCCCAGCUGGACACGGACAAGGAUGGACAAGGGGAUGAGUGUGACGAUGAUGAUGAUAAUGAUGGAAUACCAGACAUCAUUCCUCCAGGACCCGACAACUGUAGACUGGUGCCCAAUCCAGGCCAGGAAGAUGACAACAGUGAUGGUGUUGGAGACAUCUGCGAGUCAGAUUUUGACCAGGACACGGUCAUCGAUCGUAUUGACGUCUGUCCAGAAAAUGCUGAGAUCACCCUGACUGACUUUAGAGCUUAUCAGACUGUUGUUCUGGACCCCGAGGGUGACGCUCAGAUCGACCCCAACUGGAUUGUUUUGAAUCAGGGUAUGGAGAUUGUGCAGACCAUGAACAGUGACCCUGGACUGGCUGUUGGUUAUACAGCUUUUAAUGGUGUAGAUUUUGAAGGCACAUUCCAUGUGAACACUGUGACGGAUGAUGAUUAUGCUGGUUUUAUCUUUGGCUAUCAAGACAGUUCAAGUUUCUAUGUGGUUAUGUGGAAACAGACAGAGCAGACAUACUGGCAGGCCACUCCGUUUAGAGCUGUGGCAGAACCUGGCAUUCAACUCAAGGCCGUCAAGUCAAAGACAGGACCUGGGGAGCAUCUACGCAAUUCUUUGUGGCACACAGGAGACACCAAUGACCAAGUACGGCUCCUGUGGAAAGACCCUAGAAAUGUUGGAUGGAAGGACAAGGUCUCCUAUCGAUGGUUCCUACAGCACAGACCUCAAGUUGGAUAUAUUAGGGCAAGGUUCUUUGAAGGCAGUGAGUUGGUCGCUGAUUCAGGGGUGACUGUGGACACCACAAUGCGUGGAGGAAGACUUGGCGUGUUCUGCUUCUCACAGGAAAACAUUAUCUGGUCCAACUUGAAGUACCGCUGUAAUGGUAACUUAUCCAUAGUCUCAAAAUAA